AAAAGCAAAGCAGCGGGCGUUUCACCCAAUUCUUGCAGAAAAGGUACGGACUUCUCGAUUGUUCAGAUUUCUAGACAAGCUUAACAUUAGCCCCCAAAAUCUAGCAACGUGGUGGGGACAGAUUAAUACGACCAUUGUGCUGAAUCGGCUACAGAAUAGUGAGAACCCAGAGAAAUUUCUCCAUAUUUUGUACUACUGUGCACCGUUAACUGCCUAAUGUAGAUGGUAUCUCAGAAAGUCAUUUUCGUCGCUGUGUAUGAGAAUCAUAUCAAACAAGACUAUCCUUUCACCAGUAGAUGAGGCGACGAUUUCAUACAACCUUGCAGAUAAUUUAAAGUCCUGGACCUCUGCAUAAAUUAUGUUCAGAAUAGAGUUUAGGUGGACGUGACUUCCAAUGACAAAUUUAUUAAAUUCAUAAAAUGUUUUGAGAGAAAAAAUAUUUUUGUUGCUUGCUUGUUUUUCUGUGCACUUUUGGAGAAGGAGAGAGGGACGUCAGAAAGACGUUGAUUUGGUUUUACGGCUCAGUUUUCAAGACUGUUUUUAUUUAGUUUCAUUUAUUUUAGAAAAAUUAUGUAAUUUCAUAUUGUUCACACUGUUUUGUCCUCUUCUCUAUUUAUCUUAGUUGUCCAGACGAAAAUAUGUGAUUUCUGUAAUCUUACAAAGCGUCUGGAGAACAACAGAGAUCAAAGCUGAUACAUUGUAAAACAUCACGCCGCUAUUGUAUAUUUUAAGUAAGCGGUUCAACGUAUCUACUCUGUAGCUCAUUAUGACGUCCAGAAUGAAAGCAUUCAUAAACAUAAGUGUGCUUGUUUAUGUCAUAUAUCAGAUCAUCAAACUUGUAAUACUGGACCAGUCUUGGCGCAAGUCUGAGAAUGAUUUAAACAUCAUCAGCGAUUUUUCUGAAUAUUUCAUAUUAGUAUAUUUGUUAGGUUUGAACUAUGUAAAAUUGUUUCUGAUUAUGAUUGUAUGCAUGCUUCGUCGACUGUACGUCAAGUACGGCAUGAUAAGGCCAUGUGUUUAUGUGAUCUUCGUAUGUUUGUUUUCCUACGUGUUUACUGCUUUGCUUCUUGAUGGCAUAGUUACGGGAACGUGGAAUGUCUUCAAGUCUGAAAUGGUUCAACGUUUUGAAGACAACAUCAUUUCUUUGUCACCGUCCAGAAAAUUACAUAAACAUCACAUAGUUCAUCCUCAGACACACGGAGAACAUCGACCUGUAUGGUUGGAAGAAAAAUACGUUUACAGAGGAGAAGAUGCCUAUUUCACCUCUAAAUGCGAACUCACCGGGACUUUGGGGCCGCAAGAAGACAUUAAAGUGGUUUGGAUGAAAAAUAGAAAACCGCUUCCUUCGUCAGCACGUUUUAGACAAGACUUGAAUAUCACAGAAUCAACAAAAAAUGAUACUUUGACGAACUCAAAAGAAAAACGUGAUUUGAGUCUUGUUACAAUUACAGCAACCCUCAGAAUAUAUAUGGUCAAGUCGAAAGAUUAUGGAAACUACACAUGUCACGUUCUGAAUAAGGUUCAACUUACUUAUCGUCAUAACAUAACCCUUAAAGUGAAAUCAACAGAUAUUUAUGUUAGCGUUUUAGAUUUAGGAAAAGGAACAGAGGAGCUUCUUAAAAAAAUUAGCAGCUUUACUGCCGAGAAAACCCAUUUGGAAGACAAGUUUGAAAUGGCGAAAAAUAUGUAUGCAAGUUCCCCUUUCGAAGAAUUUAGACUUACUGAAACUUCUCGUAAGCAAAUAAUCGUAACAGUGCCACCAGGAGCUAUCAUUCACUUUCAACCAGACUAUUUCCAUCUGAGUGAAAGCGGCUCCGACAUUUUGACAGAAUACUUCAUAAAUGGAGAACCAGCUGAACUGAUGGGGUGCGAAGGUCAAUUCAGUGGAUGUUCAAAGCUUUUGCUACUCUACCUCUAUUUUGGAUAUAAGAAUUACGUGCUACCUCCGACUGUCGAAAAUUUGGAUUUCGAAUGGAAUCUUAAAAGACAAAAACGUCCUUGGUAUUUUCACUGUUUAUGUGCCAGUACUUAUGGACGUCACAAUGUUCACUUUCUUCGUCAGGUUUAUAAUGCCCGUACAGGCAAAUACCAAUUGAUGGAAGUGUAUCAUCCUGAUGAACUGGUCGUGUUGCCUCGAGAGCAGGACAUGUUAAACUUCCAUAAAGCAACGUCUCAUGACAGUCAGCGACGGACUCCAUCUCCACAGGACAUGCAUUAUGUAAAACUCGCAGCAGCAUCUAUAGAAAAUGAGUUUGCUUGGAAGGAAAACUUACUGAUAGUAGCUGGUAUAGUUCUGUUUGCCAUCAUACUGAGCUUUUCUUGUUUGCUUGUGAAAUGGGCAGGAAAUUAUGCAGGACGACGGAUCUUUAACGAGUUCAUUCCAAAUUUGAGGCGCAGAGAUAUCUACAGACGAGAAAUUCCUGAAGAUGCAGACACGCAAUUUUCAAGACAGCAUUUUGACUUCUUUAUAUCUCACUCAGAAGAGGACAUGGAACUUGUCAAAGCUCAGAUUCUACCUGUGUUAAAAGAAAGAGGGCAGACAGUGUGCACAUCGGAGCUGGGAAUUCCGCCUAACCUUCAGCUAAUUUCAGCAGUGUCCACAGCCAUUGAGAACAGCGAUCGCUAUAUUAUCAUCUUGUCUUUGAAAUACUUGAAUGACAGGUUUAAACAGCACCUGGAGGCUGGUAUGAUUGGCGACAAUGCGAUUUCCAGCAAGAUGCUUCCUCGGUCGUCUUUGCUGAUAAUCAAGGUUGACGACUGUCCGCUACUUCCUUGGAUGACAUCAUUUGAAGUCCAUGACUGGGCGACUUCUUUGCCUAGAAAAGACCAUCUUUUGAGACUGUCUAGAUGGGUGAAGAAGCCAAACCCAAUACCUGAAUUGGUCCUCUUUCUUAUCGCUUGUUUUUUCAUUAUUAAGAACACUUGGUAAGUUGAUGUAUGUUUUUAAGUUACAUUAACAGUGAUAAAAAAUGUAACGGUCCCUGGCCAUUUUUUGUCCAGUCUUUGGUCACUGUCAAGUACAGAAAGUGUACGGCCCUCGCCUUUUGGUCUCAGCAACUUCGCAGCCUGGCGCGUGAACAGGCUUGACACACCUUUCUCUCCCAUAAAAGGAGGUGAUUAGAUGAGGGGAGGGGGAGGUUCUGACACACCAGGAACACACAGAGGACUACUGUCACUAACUACUUCAUUAGCUUCAGCCUCCUUCUGUUCACACUGUUCCUCUACCUCUCUACCCUCUAGAGACGUGCCAGACAUGUCACCCUGCAUGCUACCCUCAGGCAAGUCAGCGGAGGUAUCACCACUCGCGGGUGCCGCCCGCUCGCUUUGGGUGACCUCUCCCGAUCCACCCGUAUCAUCUUUCCUGUCACCGACAGGACAACACGCGUCACCUCCCUAGGACACAGCCAGAGGUCAGAAUAUCUCUGCAUGUCGCUAGCUGCGACCUGGCCCCGUAUGCAGGGAGCACCGAUAGCGCCGCUAAAGGUACGAUAUCCCUUUCGUCACGAUAGCGCGGGAAAAUUCGUAUGCAGGGACCGCCGAUAGCCGGCUAUCGUAGCUCUACGGCUAAUGGAGCCUCACCCCUCCGUUAGCUCGCUAUCGUACCGAAAGCACAAGAUGGCGGACUGGAGGUUCGGGGACCGUAUUCUACGCUGUUUGCGCCACGAACUUGUUUUUCGGGACAGGAAUCCUCCCCUGGACCGGUACAACGACCAAGAACUUUACCAUAAAUGUAAAUUUAGAAGACAUGAUGUUUUAGAACUGACAAAUGACAUUGCAGCAGCAAUCGAAUCAUCGAAUCGACGUGCGUCGCUUUCUCCAGUGUUACAGGUACUGAAUAAAUCAGUUAUUAAUCUGCUGAUAAAACUUGUUCAGCUUGUUGUCUAUUUGAUUUUAGCCGUGAUUAGUUGCUUUUUAAAUGAUAUUUUAAAUUUGAAAAAGGCAAAAUUAACAUCCUAGCUUAGGUAUUGUGCAGACUAACAUGACUGUAAUGUGACAGUCAAACCUUCUAGUUCUUGACGUAGGAUUUGCAUUGUGUGAGAGAGUUUGUGAGUGUUGAGGCUUUGUACUGUAACCCAAAAAUUUUUAGUUUGCACUGCUGAAUACCUGUUGCAGGGUGUGUGUGUGUGUUGAGACUUU